AGUGCUGUUUACUUUGUACGUUGUUGUGUUGCUGUUCAAGUUGUAAUAAUUGUGUGUUGAGAUAACACGCUGUUAACCCUUUUAUAUAUUAUUAUAUUAAUUAUACUUGGAUCAAAAUAACUUUCCGUUAACCGCGGUUUCAUGGAACAAUGAAAUAAAACACUCGACAGCUGAGAAAUCUCGCAAAUCUCGCAUUUGAUGCAGUGAAAAACAGACUGCUAGGAUGGACGAUAUCUACACUUUGCAACAGGAAGUGGGGCGAGGCAGUUAUGGAGUGGUCUUCAAGGGACGUAUAACAGAGACUGGCUGGUGGGGCGAGAGGGGCGACACGGUGGCCAUUAAACGUCUACCAUGUUGUAGCCCAGAGAGUAUAGAGCUCUACCUGCAGGAACUGUGGGCUAUGAGAAUCACAACACGAAACCACCCCAAUGUCAUCUGUCUAUACAACUGCCUCUUACAGACUGCACCUAGAACACUGCAGCCCCUGAAAUCAGGGAGGCUCCCUUUAGAUUUAGUGGAGAGUGCUCUCAAAGGAAGAGUGGUGGACAAAGACUCAAAAACCCAACUGAGGAAUCCCUCCAGGUCAAAGAGGAGGCUGAUAUCCACAGAGGAGGUUCCCAGACGUUGCUUUGCCCUUUGGUUGGUGAUGGAGUAUUGUGAAGGAGGCGAUUUGAGCCAGUACAUCCUAUCCAGGCCGCCGGACGCUGAGUGCAACAAUGCAGUGGUUCAACAGCUCAGCAGUGCCAUUGUGUUCCUGCACAGGCAUGGAAUAGUGCAUCGUGAUAUAAAGCCAGAUAAUGUUCUUGUCUGUCUUACUAAAACAGGACCGGUCAUGAAGAUGGCAGACUUUGGCCUCAGUAAGAUGGUGGACAAUCCUGCAGAUGGUGUCCAGAGUAGACUGGCUCUUUCCUCUACCUGCGGCUCAGACUUCUACAUGGCUCCAGAAGUUUGGGCAGGUCGUAGUUACACAGCCCAGGCUGACAUCUUCUCUCUUGGUGUGCUUUUCUGGGCUGUGCUGGAGAGAAUCACUUUCCUAGAAGAUGGCACCAAUCAAGAACAACUGGGUGCAUAUGUAAUGCGAGGCCGCUGGCUCCUCCCGUUAGGUGAGGCUCUGUGUCAAAAUCCAGACCUGCAGUUGAUCAUCCCUAUGAGGGCACGACGUGCUCCGCCGCUGCCGCCGCCUCCAAACCCUGCUGUGUGCGAGCUGUUGAUGGACAUGCUAGAUUCGGACCCCGACAUCCGGCCCACGGCAGACCAACUGGAGGAGAGAGUCCGGCGAGCCAUAGAGGUGCACUGAUCUCAGAGCAGAAUGCUAACAAGCAGUCUCCUUUAUACACCGAAAAAACCUGAAAAUGAAGCCAAAAAAAGUUGUCUUGAAUUACUUGUCUGUUACUGUGUGAUGCUUUAUGAAUUGUUCUGUCAUUUCAGUGUAAAUAGUAUACAGGGCUGCCUGAUAUUUAUACAGUUAUCACAGGUUAAUGAAAAGUUCACACAAUAUUGUGCAGCCCUAUUAGCGUAAUUAAGCUUUUGCUCUAUUUUGUGAUGUUUUCAAUUAAUUUAAUUGUAGGUAUUUAUUGAUAAGUCAACUAAAGAAUAUAAAACAAGUGAAACGACACAGUAUUGUGUGGAAAAACACAUUUUUCCCUGUGCAAACUUGAUUUAUCUGUAGAGUAACACAGCUUUCAUGCUUAUAAGGAUAGCCAGUCAUAAUCGGUUAUAGUUGUGUUGUCAGACGCAGCUAGACACGAGAAACUGAGCAUUCAGAAUGGUCACACCACAAAUCGCCACUUUGAAGCGGCAGUGUAAUUAUAGAAAGUCAAAAUGACUGAAACCUUUGAAGUUUCAUGGCUGGAGGCACAUGCUCAAUAUCUAGAUUGAAGGGAACAUAAUUUUGUUUCCCGUAAUGUGUAUCUGUGAAAAAUGGCACACGUAUCAAUCAUUCAGAUUGCUUGUUUCCAAAGACAGGACUGUCAUGGUUUCUGUGACUUUAGUGGCCAGUCUUGUCUUGUAGGUGGCUUUGUCUCUACAGGAUGCUUCAGAUGGUUUUCUAGUUGAGGAAAGUGCUCCAUCUUCCACAGGAAAUUAAAAUCUGUCUUUGUGAUGGACAAAUAAUAUUUGGCUCAAUUUGUGUUCUGUAGUUCUCAGGUCUAGAAAAUGAAAAACCUGUAACUAAAUCAGCAGAUUUUUCUUUUUAACAGAUCUCUGUGAUCAAGACAAAGAGCAGAGUCAAGUUGAAGGCCAAUAAUAAUGCCAAAGUUGAAUAUUAAUGAUUUUUGAGUGUUCAAGGGUUUCGAAACCUUACAGCCUCACCGGCAAUAACAUAAAGCUUCUGAGAAUCCUUCUAAGUGGAUCUCAUCUGUGACAUUUCCAUCUCUGGAGACACUUUGCCCUUUUCCUCACGCUUCGCUGGUUUGCAAAUGAAACGCUGCUAUGGCUCAUCUUGACCUCGGUGGCGAAAUAUGCACAUUAUCUAAACACAGCACUCGUUCAUUCUCUGAGGUCAUCAUCUCGGCAUCAGUAUUAAUUCUGCAUUGGUAAGACUUUACUUUAGAGGAAUAAUGACUGUUAUGAGUCAGUGUAAUUAACGAAAUCUGUUACGGGGUUGUCUAGUUAAAACUUACUGAGAUUUAGCAAAAGCUGCUGAUUGGUGUGUAGGAUGACACUUUGAUGUUCACUUUUCAUCGUUUUAAUAAUGAGGUUAUUAAGCCAUUAAUGUCCUAACAAAGGGUCUGUGCCGGGAAAUUAUGAGAUCAACCAUUGUUAAAUCAUUCCUUUAUUAUGGGGUGGUGGCAAAACAACAUCUUGCCAUUUAUCGGAAGCCAUUUCUUUAAUGACAAACCUCUUACAAGUAUGAUCUGACUGAGCUUAGCUGUAAAGGGUGGUCGGUCAUCAUUCGCCUGACACCUUGACUCACAGACAGAGAUAGCGAUAUAAUCUGGUAUUGCAAUGUCAAAUGAAGCAGUAAAAACCCAUCAGCAGACAUAUCAUGAGGUCUCCUGCGGAGGAGAGCUCUCGCCACACCGCACAACAUUUCUCAGAAAUUGGUGGUGUGGUGACAGGCACUAAAACGCAGCAGAGUAGUUCCAGUGAACUUUUCAUUCUGUCAAAAAUAGAAGCAAUUGAAUUUCAAUCAUUUUGGCAAUGGUUUUUCAUAUCGGAGCUGGACAGGAGAGCGCCG